ACAUAAACAACCCUAGAGAGCGACGAGCGUGUGUGCGCCUAGGCGUAACAUAAAACGCCCCAAUUUUUCACCAGCUUUCCCUCCAUGGUUUUCUGUUUCCCUCCACUCGCCCCCCUCUUCCCUCCUCCAUUUUGAGAUCUAAAAUCCAAAUCGCUCCCCCUUUUUCUUCUCCUCCCUCACUCGCACACCACCACCUCAUCCUCCACCACCAUUUCCUCGACUCGCUCUGCUUCUCCCGCCCCUUAACCCCUACUGCUGCUGCCGCCCAGUGGUAGCCGGCGCCGGCGGGAACAGCUAGCUGGAUUGCUAGAUCUGCUCGCCGCGGAUCGAGCGGCGCGUCGUGUGGAGGCGGGGGGGGGGGGUGUCUGCCCCGGCGGUGUGGGGGUGUGGUGUGGUGUGCGGGAGCCGUGGAGCCGUGGAGCGGGGAGGUGGGGAGGCGUGGGAGGAGGAGGAGGGGAGUGCUGGUUCCGUGGUGUUAGAUCCGCCGAUCCUGGCGCCGGAGAUGGAUUCCUCGGUCGAGAAGGGGAGUGAGUCGAUAGAUCCGGGCGAGCGCACGGCCUCCGGCGAGCCCAAGGCGUGCACCGACUGCCACACCACCAAGACCCCGCUCUGGCGCGGCGGGCCUUCCGGCCCCAAGUCGCUGUGCAACGCCUGCGGGAUCCGGUACCGGAAGAAGAGGCGGGAGGCGCUGGGGCUGGACGCCGGCGAGGGCGCCGCGGAGCGGCAGGAGAAGAAGAAGUCCAAGAGGGAGAGGGGGGAGGGGGUGACCGUGGACCUCCGCAUGGGCGGGUUCGGCAAGGAGGUGGUGCUGAAGCAGCGGCGGCGGAUGCGGCGGAGGAGACGCCUCGGGGAGGAGGAGAAAGCGGCCAUCCUCCUCAUGGCCCUCUCCUCCGGCGUCAUCUACGCCUGAGCCACCACCUACCUACCCGUAGCAACAGCAAGAGAGAGAAAGAGAGCAAGAAGCCGAGGAGGAAAGGCAGCUUUGACAUGGGAGCCAUGGAAGAGUGAUUUGCCUAACAUGCACAUGAUCUCAACCGGAGAGACUGAGAUCUCUACCCUUUUUUCCCCUGCUUAGUUUUUCCCCAGCUAAUUAGUUCGAUCAAAGUGGAAGCCAGGUUAAUAAUGAUGAUGAUGUAGUAGCUGUUCUUCUUUCUUCCUUCUUCUUCCUGUCCCUGUUACUUGUUCUUGCCUAGAUGUAAUGUUACUAGUAGUGUUUUAGUAGAGCGUGUAACGUUGCAAUGUAAGAAGAGCUUAUGAUCCAUCUUGUUCCUCUUGUUCUUUUGCAAGAGAGUAAGUAGAUCCUGGAUCUGCACCAAGUAAUGCAGUUUUUCAGCUG